AUGGCGCGCCCGUGGCGCGACCGCAAGCCGACGGCUCCAUACCGGAGAGCCCAUAUAUACAUAGAAUAUCCACAUUCGCCAUGGGCCAACAGAUUCUAUCCGGGGACUAUGCCAUACUCGAGUUUAGACGAGAAUGGCGUGCUUCAUUCUAGCCUGGCGCCUUACUGGCCUACAAUGCCUGUCGAAGCCCUGCCCGAUGGGGGAGAGGUGCCCGAUCAGAUAGUCCAACAACCUCACAUUCUGGCACUUGACAGAUUGUUUCUCGACGAGCGCCUCCAGGCUCUUGCCAUUGGCGGCCUUCGGAGUUGGCAGAUCCCUGCACUCAACACGCGGCCUGGGCCAUAUGGGCCCGAACACCAUGUACCAAGAGAUGGAAAUGACUUGGGGUGGGAAGUCUUCAAGUCUUCGGGGUUCGAAAGAAACGAGUUCAAGUGGCUGACUAUUUUCGCCCGCGAAAGAUGGUUUGAUUAUCGAGUCAACUGCUUUGAGACCAUCGAAAAUCCAAUUCCUGGCUUGACUCGGCACAAGGACAAUUGGUGGACUGUAGACAACCAACAUAUUUGGAACCAGUUGUCUGUGUCAAUUGAGAUUGCCAAUCGUCUCCUCGAACAACUCAUAGCCGAGAGAGACCCCUGGCUUGAUGCUGUGAUCUUUCAGCCGAUACAAUACUGGCGUCAUCGAGACCCGCGCGUCAUGAACAUGUAUCUACAGAACAACGAGAACAAUCCCAUGUUCGUUCAGCAGGAGGCUGACGUCAACAAGCGACAGAUGCCCGAAGCAAUUCGGAAUCAAAUGUCCGUACUGCUCAGCUACACCGUGUGGAGCUUCUUCGAUGAACAUUUGGAAAUUGGCCUUGGUGUCACCUGGCCACUCCUUACCAUCACCCCAAACAAGCCCGGUGCGCCGAACCCGUGCAACUUGAUCACAAUACAGACUGGGUGUCUUCGUUCCUUGUGCAACAGCAAUUUGUCCCUCGUCGAGAGGGUUAAUGUGCAAAUGGCGUUGGCGGAUACUAUACUCCAUGAAACCGUGCAUGCUCUUUGGAUGGGUCGUCUUAUAAUAGAAAAAGGCAGCACCGAUCAUAAUCAGGAGCCGUACAUGUGGCCGGCAACGGGCCCGCCAGAGACUGUCAAAGAACUGGGCUUUUCUUUUGAAAAGCACGUCUUUGGGGGUACUGUCCAAGCAUUUCCUCAGCCUCCGGACCCAUACACUUGGAAGGGGAGGCCCUUGACACUAUGCCUGAGCACCUGGCCGUUGUAUAUUGGGGGUCAAGACUUACCACCAGAACUCUGGCAGAACGAUGUCUUUGCACACAACCUUAUAAACUACCCUUUGCCAGCGUCCUGGGCCUCUUCCUUUGCAACAAAAGACUUUUGGAACAUAAUAGUUCCAUUUUUCAAAGGCAGCGCAGCAUUCCAGGCUCCGAAGGUCUUCCGAUCAGAAACCCGCAGGGACUGGUACACUCUCGGCCAGAGGGCUUUUGGAGCGAAGAGGAUGCGCUUGAACGAGAACGAUUGGUUUGCAGACAAGUAUGAAUGGUCUCAACAGGUCUGGCAGAACCGCCAGGUGCGUUGGGAUCUCCUCAGGCCUUGGUACGCUGAAGAGUAUCAAAAAUGGUCCUCGACACCUUGGAGUAUGGCGCAAGCUCGUGCGACCCUAGAGCGUUUCGUGGAGGCACAUUCCACCCGCGACCAGGCGCAGUGUGUCAAACAGGCAGACAUAUUCGCGCGAUACGUAUACGACUAUCACGCCAAGGGCGCCAGAGGUCCCUUGACGUGGGUUUACAUUGUCAUUGGCCGCCUUAUGAGGGCCGCGACACCGCUAAUGUUAGACGACUAUCUCGACUGCCACCCUCCACGAAAUCCAGGCGCGAACAUGCAUCCCAACAGCCGUGGUGUUCCCGGCAGCAUGACAGUGCACGGAAUCAUGCUCAACGAAAUCAGUUUCGACCUGUCGAUGGUCUACUUUGAGAAUUUCACGCUCGACACGACCAUCCCCAAGAGCAAUUGGAUUUCGUCUACUAUAGAACUAGCAGAGGCCAAAGCCUUGGCCAAUACCGAGCGCCUAAUUCAUCCGGUCCCAGAAGCCUGGCUCGACGUUCUAGAAAACACAUGGGCCGAACUGGCUAAAUGGGUCGCCACGAAUGGAGAGCCCACAAUCAUGAACUGGCCAGAGUUCACACUUCAAGUUCCCCCGUACGACAACGACACAAAAUGGUCAGCCAAUCACGAUGUUUUGACAAACCGGGAGCACAGUCCCCUAGCAAGCCCAACCACAAUGACUGCAAAGCAAUCAUACACCAGCUUGCCAGAGCCUGAUGGGCCUCUCAUUGGCCCUCUGCGGUCAACCGCCAAAGCUUCGGUUGGUGAGGUUGGAGACCACAUUGAUUCCGACGAAUGCACUCGGAUUAUUGAGCCAGAUGGAAACUGUGGCUUCGAUAUCUACGAUAUUACAGGGGCUUCAGGGUUGUGUGAGGAAGCAGGGUUCGCCGAUGGUCAAGACGUCAGAACCCGCUUGCUGCACGUUGGUGAAUACGGACCUUGCCUUGUCCAAGGUACGACAGACGUAUCAGAAUCAGUCAGUCCUUGGCUGCGCUCGUUGAUAGAGAAAUCUGGCCUCAAGAAUGACCUGCUCAACUCUAUUGAGAGUACUGAAGCGAAAAUGAUUCGCGCAAACUUUGGUUCAACAAUGCAUCCCCUGGGAAAACUCCGUACGCGCAAACGCAUGGAGGAGAUUGCCGAGUACGAUGGGAGACAUGGGAUGCCAUUUUGGCUCACCAUCCGUGGCUGCGCUUACGAUCUGACUACAUUCAAGCACUCGCAAAGGGACCUCGACGUACUCAGAUCACUAGUGAAUCCCCUAAGAUACAAGUCCAAGAACGUGAGCGACACUGAAAGCAAGAGGAUGCUGAAGAAGAUUGAGCCGCGCAAAUGUGCCAUCGUACAGGGAAGGCCAUACAAUUUCAUGGCGCAACUUAGGCCGUACACACUGGAGACACUGGCCCGUUGCGACAACCCAACGUUUGGCUGUUACACGGCCAUAGGCGAUUAUGUGUACGAUCUGAAAACUUACCUCGACAAUCACCCGGGAGGUCGCCAGAUCAUCAUCAAAUAUCUUGGUGAACAGGCCACAGAGUUUCAGGAUUGGCACAGUCCCGACAUUCUUGAACAAGUGGCUCAUUUGCGCGUCGGACGACUCGUCUCUGAAAUUGAUGUCAACUUUGUCGAGGAGCACGAGGUGGUCAUUCACGGGUGGGUGUUUGACAUAUCCCGCCUCGCACCAGACCAGUCCCAGAGCAUUGCAGAUAACAAGAUACACGAGCAAACCGUUAAGCUCGGAGGUCAAGAUGCGUCAGAGGCCAUCAAGAAGAAUGACGUGAUGGGAUCUGCUCUGGUGAACCUCUAUCGAAGAAAGGACCUGAUCGUCGGCAGGAUCAAGAAAGAUCAACCACUCAAGGAAAUUCCAGAAGACGAGCUGAAAAGGCAUAUCGACCCAGAAAUUACCACUCGUGCUUGGGUGGCCGUGAACGGCCAGGUGUACGAUGUCUCAACAAUCAUGAUUCACGGAAAGGAUUUCUACAAACACAGUAUACCCAAGAUGUGGGCUGGUAGGAUCCUGACCGAUGACACGCUUGCCCGCUGGCUUUCAGGGAACUAUCCUCACUACGUGAUCGGCAAGCUGGUGCCGGGCCCAGCCUGGCCGCCGCGAAAGGUCCCCGACAUUGCGGCCAGGGAGGAAGAGGAGCGCGAACGGUAUAGGGAGAAACAACGCCGCAAGGGCCUUUACCCAGACAACAUCAUCCCGCAGGAUAUUGUCGAGUGGAUCAACAAGACCAACGCGACGCCCGCCGAGUUUCGACAUCAGAUGGCGCUGCGGUUCGGGUUGUACGCGGACACCCGCCCCGACGAUCCCACGGAGCCUUGUAUCAAGCUCAACCCGGACGGUACGAAUGAGGUACCUGAGUUUGCGCGACCUUUGAAAAUUCGUAAGUUUGGAGAUGGAUUAUCGUGGUUUUGA